AGGUGAACGGCUCAUCUCGUGUUGGUAAAAUUAAAAAAGAAAAUGUGAGAAAUGCCUCCCAUUACGUCUUCCAGUUCGAAUCAAACAUGAAAGCCGCUCUGAAAUGUCUCUUCCUGAGCGCCUUCCUGUACAUGGAUUUCUUUAUGUAUGAGAACCUUGGAUUGGAUCUUUCAACCGGCAAUAACCGAUGGUUCAUUCCUCCAAGUCCACACAGUGGAAGCGCCUGGUUUGGUGGAUCCUGGAGGGGAGGAGACUGGGGUGGAGACUGUGGGGGAGGAGACUUUGGUGGAGCAGACUUUGGUGGAGGAGAUUUUGGAGGAGGAGAUUUUGGAGGAGGAGAUUGUGGAGGAGGAGAUUGCGGUGGAGGAGGAGACUGCGGGGGUUGUGACUAAUGAUGUGAGAAACAUUAUUUGCUUGGUUCGGUUAAGUUUAUUACGAUAAGUCAUACACAGAGGAUCGAAAUAUAGAUUAAAAUGAACAGGAUUCAGUACCUAUAUAUUUUCUAACUCAAGCAUGCCAAAUCCAAUUGGAACCAAGUGCUAAACUCAAUAGGAUAACCACAACUGGCUACACAUGGCUAAUUGCAAAACUACCAACACACUGUACAAUUUAACCAUUCCAUUAUAAGUUUUAAAAUAAUAAACUUUCAUUGCUGACAUUUACUAUGAAGGCAUAGCUCCCAACUGUCCCUGAU